UUUGUUUGCAGCUUAUCCCGGAGGCUUCCAAGCACUACCACCUACAAGACGAUGGCCGCGUUCACCUUAGGCCUGCCACUUUUGCUCUUCGUCGUCGUCGUCAUCAUAUCGUACAUUUUCAUAGAUCCGAGCCAAAAGUUAGGCCAACCAGCCCAAGUGCAAAGCACGCCGUUUCCAGACGUGGAAGAACCGUCGCCGUGCCAGGAAACGCCCGAAUGGCGGGAGUGUGUGCCCUUGCUGCCGAACAGCAGUUACUACUUCGACCCGAAGCGCGUCGACUGCCUGCGCUGGGACUCGCUGCCGAAGGGAUGCCUGAACGACUCCAACGGUUUCGCGGACCUGCAGCAGUGCCAGCAGACGUGCAUCACGGCCCGUACUUCGGGUCUUCAGGCAGAACAAGCGGAACAGAAAUCUGAAGACGAAGCGGUCUACGAUCUCCGCCAGCGAAGCCAGCGCCGGUCUCGCCCUCCCCGAGCAGGUCCAGAGGGAUCCUCGAACGGAACGACGGGCCCAAACCACUGGUUCACCGAGCCAGUCGCAUUAUUUCUUCAGCAACCGAAAAGCACAAAUACUCCCGUCUUCGAAAAGCUGCCUCCGAAGCGCUGUCAGACGGUGAUACUGCAAAAGUGUAACGCUGCUAGCCUGAAACCCAGCGCAGUAUACAAUCCGGCCACGGGCACAUGUUCCCCGUGGGACUAUUCGAAAGGUUGCUACAGGAACACGAAGAUCUUCUUCACCACUGCAGAGUGCCAAGCCGCCUGCUCGCGCUCGGCUUCCGGGCAGCAGGGGCACGACUGCUGGAACCCCGUCGUUGGCGAGGCCUGCGACGAAAGCCUGCAGCAGCUGCAGUAUUUCUUCAAUCCGCUACGCUCGUCAUGCAAGGACUUGACCGACCUGUGCCUGGCGGGCAGAAACCGGUUCCCCAACUACACCGCCUGCGCCGAGACCUGCCUUUCGCGAGGCGACUCUAAUGCCCACCGCCGCCACCAGGAGGCAUCCCGUGGCUAGCGCGAUGACGUCACAAACCGACACCGUGUCUUUUUUGUUUGUUAGUUUUCACCACCGUUGGCUCUGCCGGUACUUUCCCUCGAACCUUAGGGCGCUACAAUUGCACCGCCACAUCAUACGCGAUGUUUAAUCCCACGACCGGCAUGCUCUGAUAUCCGUGCAGUCGCACUUUGGUUCCUACAGUCAAAAGGCAAUUUUAGAUUUAAACUGUUGAAUGUUCCCUGCGGAGCAGUUCUGAUCUAUGACAAGUUUUUUUCUACUUCGGCUAAUUUUUCUGGUAAUAUUUGUGAUUUCAAUAAAGCUGGCAACGUUAAUUCUUAUAGAACUGAUUGCAAAGUAAAACUAUAUGUUUUAUUUGAACUUUCUUCAUGGCUCAUGGUGCUUUGAGAAACCUUUACAUGGAUGUAGAUUUGCAGUGCCUUUACAUCAACAGUUAUUUUUGUCACCAGCAGAGGCAGACGGAGUGUGAUAUUGACUAAAGAAUAGUGGGUUCUCUUAUACGCAGUUGAUAGUGGCAAUAGUGAUGUCGUGUUCUAGCUAGUCUACGCUAUUACGCACUUUUAACAUUGUUUACGCACUCGUAGAAAGUGUUCUUGGCUAUAGAUCAGU